GGGCAGGGGGAUGGGGGCUGGGGACUCGGCCGGCGCCAGGGCCUGAACGGAGCGCGCCGGUUUCGUGGCGUGGAUAUAUCUGCUUCUAACUUGGCUGUAAUUGGUACGCUAUCCCAUACCAAAGUACCUUUUGAGCAGAAGAAAAAGAGGUGAACUAUAAAGUGAGAGCCAGUUUCAUCUCUACUCUGCAAUCUAGGAGAAAAACUUUCACCCAAGAACAGAUCAGGUGCUGUUUUUCAACCCUAAACUUUUGACCAAGAAUGAAACUAUUUAAAAAUUAAGAUGCCAACAGAUCAUGAAGAGCCCUGUGGUCCCAGUCAUAGGUCAUUUUGCCUGAAUGGAGGGAUUUGUUAUGUGAUACCUACUAUUCCCAGCCCGUUUUGUAGAUGCAUUGAAAAUUAUACAGGAGCUCGUUGUGAAGAGGUUUUUCUCCCAAGCUCCAGCAUCCAAACUAAAAGUGACCUGUUUGCAGCUUUCGUGGCAUUGGCUGUUCUUCUAGGAACUCUUAUCAUUGGAGCCCUCUACUUCCUUUGCAGGAAGGGCCACCUUCAGAGGGCCAAUUCGAUCCAGUAUGAUAUCAGCCUGGUAGAGACAAGUAGUACCAGUGUCCACCACAGUCAUGGAGAACAUUGAAGAAAUAUCACAGUGAACCCAAAUCACUGCUUUUUUGUUACAAAGGCAGAAAAUGAAACACCAAAAGGAUUUUCAUUAAGCAGACUCAUUUCCUUUCUACAAAUGAAAACCAAGUCAGUCAUCUAAAAUCUCAAUUUCAAAUCAAGAGGAUUUAGUCUUCUGUUUUCAUUAAAAUGGAAUUUAUGGUGGUGUUCAAAUGGGUUAGACUGGGCACAAAAUGACAAAAGUAGAUUUUUUUCUCAAAAAUUUCUGCAGAAUGCCUAGGAAAUUCUCAGAUUUGUAAAAGUUUAUUUUACAUUCUUUGCAUGUUCAUUGUGUUAAAUUUGUAAUAUAAAUUAGUGGCAAAACUCUUGCUGUUUGGCUUCUCUUACUAGGUUGAAAAGUUGUUUUAUUUACCAAUGAUGCAGGUUUAAGCAAAGUUGAGAAUUAAUUACAGUAGUGAACUGGCCUUCUGGACCCCCUUCAUUACUCUAGGUCACAGACUAUUAAAUAUAACAAUGUAUAGGGUGUCUGUUUUGAGAUCUUAAUUCCAAGCUUCCUUAUUCUUUCUUAUAUUGCUACUUGGCUUUUCAAGGAGU